UUUGGGGUAGGUUUAGGUUUUAUUUAGAAAAAUGUUGUCCUUGGGUCAACACAAUAUGUUGCCCUGAGUACAUCAACCACUUGGCAAAAUCAGUUCGAGCUUGUUGAGACACACGUGUGUCAUGCGGAGCUGUGGGCGGGGCUACAAAAGCGGUUGCUGUAUUUGGCUUUGGGGAUGUGCUUCAGUUCUACUUUGACGUCAUAUUUAUCUGAAUUCCACACUCGGUUGUAAUACUGGUUAGGUGCCAAAAACUGUUAUAUUUCAGUAGCACGGACGUUUUUAGUUCUGAAACUUGCAGGAUGUUCAUGUAAGUGUGAUGACCUCUUAUAUAACAAAUGAUCAAGUUAAAAUUAAGUAUUUGAUUCACCGCUCCUUUAAGGACUAUUUAAUUCUGGUUCUGUAGGGCCAGUGUCCUGCAGAGUUUAAUCGAACACACCAGCCUGUCGUUUUCAAAUAAUCGUGUAGACUCUUCUUCAGAUCUGUAUCUACCCUUCAGAGAGAAGCCAGUCUAAUGUUUCAGGGUGGGAACCCCAAUGUUCUCAGAAUCUUCGGCUUAUACGAGGGCAACCUAGGCAUCAAAGAAAACCCAUCUCAGUUUGGUCUGGUAAUGGAGUUCAUGGAGAGAGGGUCUCUAGCGGAUCUUCUGCAGAAUUUGGGUGGACCUCCAGCCUGGCCGCUCGCUUUCCGCCUCUCUCAUCAGAUUGGUUUGGGAAUGAACUUUCUGCAUCAUCUUUCGCCUUCUCUCUUACAUCUGGACCUGAAGCCCAGUAACGUGCUGUUGGAUGACAGUCUCAAUGCCAAGCUUACAGAUUUUGGCUUGUCCCGUGCAGCUCGUAGUCUUUCUAAAUGUGUCCGGGAGCAAGAUGAGAUGGAGGGUGGGACCCUGAGCUACAUGCCUCCUGAAGCAUUGAAGUCUGUGAAUUAUAAACCAUCCAAAGCCUCUGAUGUUUACAGUUACGGUGUGCUGCUGUGGUCCAUCAUCACCGGGCAGGAACCUUACCGUAAUGUCCCCUCCAGUCUGGUGCGGUUUCGCAUCCCCGAAGGAGACCGACCCGAUCUGAAAUUAAUAGACUGCAGUCAGGCAGAUGGGCUGGGUGAUAUUGUUAAACUCAUGGAAAGAUGUUGGGAGGAUGACCCCAGCCAAAGGUUAACUUUCAGAGAUUGCGUUAAUGUGACUGAAAAGAUCUUUGAGAAACACAAGCGUGGAGUGAUUGAGGCGGUCAAUGACGUCCUAAAGCAACUGGAUAAUGACAUUUGUUCCAGUUUGAAAUCAAUCCAAAUCACCCCGAAACCACAGAACGUAAUUCGUCCUCCGUUGUCUCACUGUGUCACAGGUCCUCCUCCUAAACAGGAGACUGCUGGUGAUCGCAACAAAGACUCCAGAAAAACAGAAUCAAGUUCUCAUCCAAUCCCUGCCAAUAAGAAAAUACCUCAGAAAACCCCUCAGCGUCAAACAUCAUCACCAGGUCAGUUUUACAGAGGCGUUCACAUCCAUAUGUCUAAUGUUUCUGGAGUUCAGAUCGGCAACGGCAACUUCAUGAAUAUAGUUCAGAGACCUCGACAAAGACAUAAAACGGCUCCACCAAGUGUCGAUAGGACUUUAAACAACUCAGAGAAAACUUCAUAACAGUAUUCAUACAGUAUGUUAUCUUCAGAAACUCUUCAACUGUGCUUGUGCUUAGAUGUUUUUAAUUUUAAAGUAAAAAAACUGUGACAUUAGUGUAUUUUCAUACAGUAUGACUAUGAAGGUACAAAAACGAAAAAAAAAAAGAAAUGUCCCGAUCAUAUUUUACUCCUAUAAAAAUGCUUUUGGUACAUUUUGAUAGCAUUGAGAUUUUUUGCAUCGUACACUCUAAGAAAGGAUGUGUUAAUUUUAACACAUUGUUUUGUGUUAAACUAUUUAACACAUUAUGUGUUAUUUUAACACAUUGUGUGUCAUUUCGUGUAGAUUGUGAGCUUAAAUAAAUGAAAUGGACAACACAAGAUGUGUUAAAACAACACAAAGUGUGUUAUUCCAAAAAUAACACAGAGAUGUGUUAAGGACAACACACUAGAUGUGUUGUCCUUAACUAGACACAAGAUGUGUUAAUUUAACACAUUCAUUUUAAGAGUGUAACAGUUCAUAUUAAUUUUAAUGAAUUUUCAUGAAAUGUGAAACAAAGUUUUAUUCUCACACUUUUGCAGUUUGCCGGUAUGAUUCCUGAAAGAUUUAUUCUUUAAUCUUCUGUUUUCUUCAUUUGAUUUUUAAAGAAAAUUCUUGGCAUUGUGAUGGUACUGCCUGGUGUGUGUGUUUGCGUUUGCGUACGCGUGCGUGUGUGGUCAGCAGGGAUCUGGCAUUCCAAAUCCAAACAUUCCAUCUGUUAUACCGGAACCUAAUGAACAGAGAUCUGCAUCAUCAGCACUGUUUCCACGCUCAUCCAUUUUAAUAAUAGACACUGAUGGUAGAAAGUGUCUUAACCACAUAUACACAGCUCUGUAAACGUUACCAUCCUCUGAAGCUAUCAUCAGAUCUUAAAGGGAUAGUUCACCCAAAAAUAAAAAUUCUGUCAUAAUUUUCUCAUCCUUAUGUUGUUCUAAACCUGUAGGAGUUUAUUUUUUUCUGAUGAACACAAAAGAAGAUAUUUUAAUACAUGAUGGUUAUCACACAGUUGAUGGUAUCUAUUCAUUCCAUUGUAUUUGUAUUACAUCUAUCAAAAUAUCUUCUUUUGUGAUCAUUAGAAAAAAAUAAACUCAUACAGGUUUAGAACAACAUACAGAUUUUUACUAUCCCUUUAAAUUCUGUAAGUUAAUUAUUUUGUAUGAAGGUACACAAAACAGCAAUUUAAUGGCAAUAAUAUUACAAUAAUAAUUUCACCAAUAAACAAACACUAGAAUAAGACACCAACGUUUGAUAAAUGGAUUUUAUUAUUGAUAUUCUGCCAAGUUAAAAAUGUUUUCCAUGGCUGUUGUUGAAUCUUAUGGGAAUGUCUCAGUCUAAAUGUUUUUACAGGUUUAUGAAUUGUCACUGUCUGUGUUUUGUAUAAUAGCAGCUUUGAAACAAUAUGCACUGUAAAAAGCGCUUUAAAGUUUUACAAAUAAAUAUGAAUUGAAUUGAA